AUGCAUCUUCUCUCCGAACCAGACGUCUCUCGCAUUCUGAGAAACCUAACUCCAGAACAAUGCCACACCUUACUCGACGCUCUGAGCGACUCCCUGGUAACCGUCUCAUCAGAGACAACAAAAUCAGAACCAGAGCGUCUCGUCCAUCAACCCCUCCGCACCACCAUCACCACCAAAGACCGGAAUCUAUCGCUCUUCAUGCCCGUCUCCAAUACAACCAGCACAGGCAUCAAGAUCGUCACAGCCUCCCAGCGCGAAGGCAUCAUCGGGGUAAUCAACAUCUUCUCGCCGGAGGGCCGGCUCCUCGGCCUGCUCAGCGCCGCAGAAGUCACGGCCUUCCGGACGGCCCUUGCAACCAUGACGCUGUUCACCCGCUGCACGUCCAUCGCCAAGGCGCACAUCCUGAUUUUCGGCUCGGGACGUCAAGCAGAGUGGCACGCGCGGCUGGCGCUGCUGUUGGUUCCGGGGCUGGUCCGGCGAAUCACCUUCAUCAACCGGGGGCGCAGGCGGCUGGAGGAGUUGGAGAGGGAGGUGAUUGCGGAUCUGAGAUGCUCUCAUCCGGAUAUCGUAUUCGGAACGCUGGUCAGGGAGGAUAAUGCUGAUUAUGAGGCACGACUGCGCGACGAGGUCGCCUCGUGCGACGUCAUCUUCAGCUGCACGCCGUCUACGGAGCCGAAUUUUCCCCACGGCUAUCUUUCGUCUACCUCUAUGUCUACGUCUACGUCUACGUCUACGCCUAAGCAGCGGUUUAUUUCGCUCAUUGGGUCGUACAAGCCGCAUAUGCGCGAGGUUGACGCCGAGACGAUCCUCUCGGGUGGUGGGGAGAUCUAUGUUGAUUCUCGGGAGGCUUGUCUUGAGGAAUCGGGGGAGUUAAUCCAGGCGCGGGUAAGGGGGGAGCAGUUGAUUGAGAUUGGGGAGUUGUUUGGGAGACUGGGGAAGUCGGAGCCGAUUGUGGUGCUGGAUGGGUGCAAUGUGGUUUUCAAGUGCGUGGGGAUGGGGAUUAUGGAUUUGGUGAUUGGGAAGAAGCUGUUGGAUCUUGGCGUCGAACAGGGAUUGGGGAUGAAUGUGGAUGGUUUCUGA